AUGGAGGAGAGGAACAAACUGCUUGGCAAGUAUGAGAUGGGGAGGCUAUUAGGUAAAGGCACUUUCGCAAAGGUUUACUACGGAAAACAAAUGGCCUCCGGCGAAAGUGUGGCCAUCAAAGUGAUCAGCAAAGAUCAGGUGAAGAGAGAAGGUCUGAUUGAUCAGAUCCAGAGAGAAAUCUCCGUCAUGAGACUCGUUCGCCACCCAAACAUCGUCGAGAUCAAAGAAGUCAUGGCGACGAAGGCGAAGAUCUUCUUCAUUAUGGAGUACGUUAAAGGCGGUGAGCUUUUCGCAAAAGUCGCCAGAGGAAAGCUCGAAGAAGAUCAAGCUCGAAAGUACUUUCAACAGUUGAUCAGUGCGGUGGACUUUUGUCACAGCCGUGGCGUCUCUCACCGUGAUCUCAAACCGGAAAAUCUCCUCCUCGAUGAGAACGGAGACCUGAAAAUCUCCGAUUUUGGCCUAUCGGCGUUGCCGGAACAGCUUCGCAACGACGGACUUCUGCACACCCAGUGUGGAACUCCGGCAUAUGUCUCGCCGGAGGUUUUGAGAAGGAAAGGGUAUGACGGAGCAAAGGCAGAUAUAUGGUCUUGUGGGGUUAUAUUAUAUGUUCUUCUUGCUGGGUUUCUUCCAUUUCAAGAUGAAAAUCUCAUGAACAUGUACCGGAAAGUUUUCAAAGCUGCUUAUCAAUUUCCUCCAUGGUUUUCAACAGAUUCAAGGCGUUUGGUUUCGAAACUCUUGGUGGCUGACCCAGAAAGACGAAUAACAAUCCCUGCAAUAAUGAGAGUACCCUGGUUUCGAAAAGGGUUUAUAAGAUCACUUUCAUUUUCUGUUCAAGACCCAGUUUCAGAUAAUUUUGAAGAAGGUGAUCAAGUGGUGAAGCAAGAAGGUCUCAAGAGAUCAUCGUCUUCGCCCUCGUUCUUCAAUGCUUUUGAAUUCAUUUCGUGUAUGUCAUCUGGCUUUGAUCUGUCGAGCUUGUUUGAGAGUAAGAAGAAGGUGGGUUCUAUGUUCACGUCGAGGUGUUCGGCGCCGGCGAUCAUGGCGAAGAUUGAGACGGUGGCGAGGGGGUUGAGUUUUAAGGUUGCUCAAGUGAAGGACUUCAAGGUGAGGUUGCUGGGGCCAUCGGAGGGUCGUAAGGGGCGGUUGUCGGUGACGGCGGAGGUGUUCGAGGUGGCGCCGGAGGUGGCCGUCGUCGAGUUCUCGAAGUCCUCCGGUGAUACUCUGGAAUAUGCCAAGUUCUGUGACGAGGACGUUAGGCCUGCAUUGAAAGACAUUGUCUGGACUUGGCAAGGGGACAACAGCUGUAACAGUAAUGUUAAUGGAGGCGAAUGUGAUAAGGAAUCAGCAAUUAAAUUAGAUUAG